GUGAUAUAGCCUAAAUAGGCUGCAGCCUUCCGAAGACCAUGUAAUUUCGCAGACUCAUCCGUGUUCUCCUCGGCGCUCUGGUCGCCUAUUCAAUAGCAAAUUAUGUUGAAAAAUAGCCUGUUCGUAGGCCUACUGUGGAUAUUAUUUGAAAGUGCCUAGAAUGGGAUUUUUCGCUUUUUAUUUGUAAAACUCUGUGCCACGUUUUACUCGCCGCAGCAGAUCUCUUAAACGCACGGACUUGCCUGGGAGGCAACAGUCGUCCGAAAACCUUGGAGUAGACGCAAUGGAGAAUAUAAUCUAAAGAGGAACACAUGGGGAAAGAAAAUAAGGAAUAGGAGGGCACCGUACAUAACGACAGAUAUUGCUCAUAAACGCAGCGUAUCUUUUUAUAAUGUGAAGUGGCCAGAAUCAGAGAAAGGCACGAAUUUUAUUCGGUUUUUAAUGAGACAUUUUGAUUAAUUAAUUUUGUGCUUUGUAUAGUCAUAUCCAAUAAUAUACCGGAAUGUAGCUUUGCAGGGUAUGUAUAUGACCACUGCUAUAAUAACAAAUGGUAAAACGUUAGAUAGGUCAAUAAGGCCUAUUGUAAAGUUAUUUCUACAUGCCUUCUUGGCCACAAUCACCCUCAAUUGUUGUGUAUGGAAUGACCUGUUAUCCUGACCAAAAGGGAUUAGUGUUACCAUGCAGGAGUGUAUUGGUAUGAACAAGAACAAACAUGUAAGCACUAAGAAGGCCUACUGUAAGUCCUCUGGAUAAGCGCAUCUGCUAAAUGACAAAAAUGUCAUGUAAAAACCUCAAUUAUCAUAAGUGUUGUGGAAUGAUGUUUAUUUUUGCAAAUAUAACACUUUCUUAUGUUGAAUGGUGCAUUGCAUCUCUCAAACUCAUUGCACAAUUAUCUGUCUUCCGUGAAAUGCACAAAUUCUAUCAGACACACUAAUGUUGUCUUCUAAAUUUCUGAGCCUAAACUCAACAUUUCUUCCCGAACAAUCUCAUCAGAAAGAAUCAUUGAUCUUAUCAGCUGCUAGUCUAUUCACCACAUGUUGCUUUUUUUUCUGUGCACACCCAGUCACAUUGCCAACCAACGCGUCCAGAUUAGAAAUAGUUGAACAAAAGCUUUAAACGAGCAGCCAGGGUUACUGAAACCGAAGGCGCAGGGCAUUAUUUCUUCAUCAUUAGUUACUGAAUACGGUUGUGUGGAGACUGUGAAUUCUGUAGACUAUCAGCUGGACAGGCACCAGUCUGAUUUAGAACAGAGGCCGGUGAGGUAAGGAGGAGGCUGCUUAUUCCUGACGCUGAAGGGGCACUGACAAGGACUCAGCCUAGAGCUGACAUCUACCUCACCUGGCCACUCGCCCCCCCCCCCCCCACACACAGGGACACCCCGUAGGCCGAGCACCAGCUGAAGAGGAGGACGUAAAAUGUACUCUGACUGUGAGCUGCGUCUCACCAGAAGAGGUCCUGCCUCAGAUCUCCUCCCCCAGACUGGUUGAGACGCUCCAGUUGUGUUUUGAUACUUUCUCUUGAGUUUUUCUUUUACUCAUCCUCACUGGAGUGAGAGAGUGAAGACAUUUUGAAAACCCAGAGGUUUUUGCUGUGGGAGCACCUUUACUUGGAGUAGCUGCUAAUAGACUGAGACCUCCAGUCUUUCUUUGUCUUUCCCUGUCUGUGGUGUUUGUGGUGUGUGUGUGAGUGCUUGUCGGUUGGCAUCGGUGAGAGCCGUCUCCCUUCCCUCCAUCAGGAUGUUUGCAGUUCAGCUGCUGCUGGUCCCGCUGGCGCUGUGGGCUCUGCAAGCGUCUCUAUGCCAUGGAGCGUGUGUGGAGGUGGACUCUGACACUGACGCAGUGGUCAAUGAAGGCUUUAAGCUGGGCUGUAUCUCCUGUAAGAUGAGGGGCGAGGUGCCCGCCGAGGCCACUGUUGAAUGGUCCUUCAUGCCCAAAGGGGAGAGCGAGUUCACAAAAAUCUACAGCUACGAGGACCUAAUGAGCGACAUUCCGGACGAGCGCUUCUACGAGCGUCUGGACUGGAACGGCAGCAAGAAGACCAAGGACCUGCAGGACGGCUCCAUCUACAUCCUGAACGUGACGUGGAACGACACGGGCACCUACCGCUGCAUCUUCAACCGCACCCUCACCUUCACCUCCUACGAGUUCCACACCAACGCCACCAAGAUUGUCCAGCUCAAUGUGGUGCCAAGACUGACCAGGGGGAUAGCGUCCAUCUUGUCUGAGGUGAUGAUGUAUGUCACCAUCAUUGGGCUGCAGGUAUGGCUGGUGGUAGAGAUGAUUUACUGCUACAGGAAGAUAUCAGCACAAGGCGAGGAAGCAUUGAGAGAGAGCGCGGCGGAGUACUUAGCUAUAGCUUCGGAGAGUAAAGAGAACUGUGCAAUGGUGACAGUGACAGAAUAGCACUGGUUAAAGAAUGGCUCCAAACGACGAAUAGCUCUCGAUAGCCCUUCGCCACUUCACCCCUUCUUCCAGACUUCCAUCAUGACACCAUCUCAUUACCCCAUCCAGGAGGAGCAGCCAAGAGGCUUGUCCAGAGAACAGAUGGAUGAGAAGUGAAACAGCCAAUGAAAAAGGACUUGUGUUGAAAAGCAAAUAUACAGCACGAGUGUACUAUCGAGCAGUACUAUAAUAUCAAGGAGAGUUGUAAAUACAGUACGUGUGCUUAAUUAUGCAAUCCAAAAUACUCAUUGUAAUACUGAUACAUUAUAAUAAAGUUAGUUCAUACAUAGCAUUGUACAUUAAGUAGAGCUGCAUGUUUACUGAUGCAUCAUAACUAAUGGCAUUAAUGUUUCUUAAAGGGUCAUUGUCAGGAUUAUAAAAAAGUGUGCUUGUAUGAGAGCAAUUAGAGGUUAGAACUGCGAUCUUGCCCAAUGGCUUUAGUAGCCUGUCUUGAUCAGACCUUCCAUGGCUAUUUAUGCGCAGGUCCAGACUAGCCUAGCGGUAUAUUCAAAAACAUUCUAAGAAAACUUGAGGUUAUGCAUUCAGGUGAAUGAAAUGAGUACCCUGAGGAGUAGUAGCAUAACACGGUUGACUAGCUGGGAGUAAUGGAUUGUACACACCCAGAGCAACUAUUUCCGUUUUGACAGCAUCGGUCUACCUGUUAAAAAGGUUCAUGCUUUAUUUGCUAGAUUUUCCUUAUCAUAUUUACAACAACCAAGGGCUUGUGAUAUUAGCUACCAUUUUACUGCCGUGGGAAACUACCAUAAUUUGUCCAGUGUGCCUAGAGCAGGUAUGUCUGACUGGUCAAAGACCAAUCCCUACGGAGCAGAAUACAGUGAGCUGUAAUUGAAAGAAAUACUGGACAUCCCUGUCAUUCCUAUUCGGCAGUCAAUUCUGUAUUAUACCUCCAGGGGCAGCAUAACACUGCCUAAUGUGGAUUGCAAUCUUGCACACAUACUUUCUUGUACAAUUUCAUUGGGAUCUGGGUUUAACUACUAAGGGGUCUGGGUUUAACUACUAAGGGGCCUGGGUUUUCUACCUUUGAAGUACGGAAAAGUGAAAGAAUAACUGCCACAAAAGUGAAAUUUUUUAAAUUAAUGUUCAAGAGUCGAAAUUCCCUUUAAAAGUCCUUGAAGCUGGUUUGGUCAGAUUAGAGAUUCUAGUCACCUUUCACAGAACUUCUACAUUCAAUAGCGGAAUAUAUGUUGGGAAAAAAACAACAGGCUUAUCAUAGGGAAUAAUCGACUUCUGCUGUAAUUUAAAAUGUUCACUGAAGAGAGCUGAUCCAGUACACACUACUGUGGAAAUGUUGCUUGCCAAAACGGUCAGCUUUAUACCUUAAAUAUAAUUGUCAUGUGAGAAUGGAGUAGGCUUUAUGUCUGGUUUAUUAAAUCAAAACAAUUUCUACCUUGUCAGAUUUCUAUAUUUGGGGAAAUGUUUGUGGGAACUUUUCAGGUCUCUGACAAGACCCUCUUUCACACGCACACAGACAGACAAAGACAGAGAGACAGACAGAGUGUAAUAAUACAAUCUGAAGAGCAUAAAGGCAACUGAAGUGUGGGACAGAAAUGGCCUGUUGUUCUGGCAUGCAGUCACAUGUUGUUUGGCUGUCACUGAGCUGUGGCUAACCUCAUGAUAGAGUACCUGACUGGAAACUGGUGAUGCAACAUUUCCAGGGAACUGACGGGCUCACUGGAAGUCAGGAGGAUCAGAUAGCAGAUAAUGUAGUCUGUUGACCGUGGCGUUGACCAUGACCGACUUCAGCGAGUGUCAAACACAAACUUUCCUUAUGACCUUUUAAAACCACUCGUAUUAAAUAUUUAAUUGACAAUUUCAAAAUGUACUUUAACAUAAGGUACAAGGUGCCUGAGGGUGGCCUUUACAGUUAAGGGCUCUAUCCUCUGCACAUAUACCUUCUCCUCCUCCCCCCCAUUCGAGCUUUGACUCGACUGAUAGCUACGUUGACGGGAGAAAAUGUACUUUCUAUACCUGUGAUAUGUGGUUGUCCCACCUAGCUAUCGUAAGAUGAAUGUACAAACUGCGUCUGCUAAGAGUCAAAUGUUUAAAUUUUUUUAUGUAUCCUAGCGACUACCAGCCCUACAUUGCAAUCCCCUUCUCUCAGUCUCCUCUUAAUUUCAUACCAUCUCUGUUAAUAAACAAUAAAAACACAGGAGAGUUCAAGUUGUCUCCCUUAAAAAAUAAAAAAAUAUAAAAACCCGACAAGGUUUGAAAUUCUCCAUGAACUAACUGACGCUCAGUGGGUACAGCAUGGCGCUUGCAACGUCGGAGCAGCGGGUUGGAUUCCCGGGACCACUCGUAGGGAUAACGAAUGCACGCAUGACUACGUUGCUUUGGGUAAAAGCAUGUGCUAAAUGCCAGAUAUUAUGCUGAUAUAUUAUCUAAGAGGGGAAGCAGAACAGGUGGGAGUCACCCAAUAACCGCCCUUAAACAUAUAGAUAUAGCAGGUGAAUUAAUGUCACAGGAAAUGAUCAUAACAGUGUCUUCCUGCUCCUUGGUAAUGAUGUAGGCCAGUAGUACAAAUGUAUUUGUAGGUCAAUUGACAGUAUCGAUCUACAUGGACUUUGUCUGAAGUCGCUGUCAUUGGCAGACAUCUAAAUCAAUUAAAUGCUUUGCCUGAACAGGUCAAACCAACAGAUCAGCUUGAAUUUGGACACGCUGGGAAGUCAGAAAGAUGACAUAAUUACACAGACUGUUUUGAAAUACUUUUUUAGUUAAACUUUAUGAAAAUGGUUGAUGACACACGCACACUUUAAAAAAAAUAACACUCCGAUGAGUUGUUGCAUAUUUUAGAACUUUUCAUUUCUCUCCAGGGCAUUGUGUACAAUCAAAUCUUUUACAGUACAUUUGCUCCCCCGACACCCCCACCCCACUUUCCUCCCUGAACCUAAUAAAUACAGUACAUCCUUUGAUCACUCACUGUUUGGCCGUGCACAGCAAGGCUCACACACUUACACAGCUGACUUACUCAGUGCACAGGCAAGACACGGAAGGAGUAGGGGGGGGGGGGGGGGGGGGGGGGCAGUACAACGAUGGCAGAGAGAGGAAGAGUGAAAAAGACAAUAGGAGGGGAGAUGAAAGGGAAAAUAAUUAGGAAAAUAUGGUUUUUGAUGGAGUGAGCGGGAAUCAGAGGUUGGGGGAGUGAGCAGAAAAUAAAAUGAGAUGACCCUCCGACAAACAAAAACAAGAAGAAACAAGACAGACUACAAAAUAAAGAUAUAAAAUGAAAAGGAACAACAUAUAAACAUCAAUAAUUUGAACUCACAAAAACAAUACUGCAAUAUUUCCCUUUAUCCAGGCCUACACUUCUGGUUGGUCCUUUUUAAGUCCAGCCCAGUUUACACUAGAAAGUCACUAGUUUAUUGCAUCCCUCUGUUUACCUGGUCUACAAAGUCUGCGUCCCAAAGGGCACAUUAUUUCCUAUGUAGUGCACUACACUAUAAAGGGAAUGGGGUGCUAUUUGGUAUGCAGAGCCUGGGUCUACAGAGUACAGUCAGUAACCCUGAAACACUUCAAGUCCAAUCCAAUAACACAAUCAGAAGUUGACCAAGUGC